AUGGGAUUCCAGUUUGGGUUCGAGUCGGACACGGAGGAGCCGCAGACGGUGGGGAACCCGCUAGACGCCGUGCAGGAGACUGUCAGGCCGCAAACGUACACGCUGGAGCAUUUUCUGGGGCGGCUGGUGGGGACGCGGAUCUCGUUUGAACAGAUCGAGUUCCCAAAACGGCUUUACCGUCGCGAGUUCUUCGACGUGCGACACCAGCUGAUGGGCGAGGACGGCGACUCGGAGGAGCUGCAGGUGCUUGUGGGCACGACCGCGGAGGACGUGCGCAACGGCGUGUACGAGGGCGGGCUCAAGUCGUGGGAGUGCUGCUACGACCUGAUGCACCGGCUGCAAGAGACGGAUGUUUCUGUGUUCCGCACGUUUGUGGAGCUCGGGUGCGGCACGGCGUUACCGAGCUGUUUGGUCUUGCAGACGAUUUUGCAUCAGAACCUACACGGGGUGGAUCUUGUGCUGACCGACUUCAACUACGAGGUGUUGCGGCUGGUGAGCGUGCCGAACCUGUUUCUGACGUGGUGUCUGACCGUGUUGGACGCGCAGGAGCUGGAGAGGCUGCAGACGCGCGCGGACGUGGAGGGAAACGUGCGGCCGGACGAGAUCGACGUGACAGAGCAGCUGGUUGCACGGUUCAAAGAGCAGCUUGAUUCGCAGCAGAUUGGCGUUUCGUUUGUGAGCGGGUCGUGGGGCCGGGGUUUCGCCACACAGCUGGACCGGCUGGUCACCGCGCCCACUCUUGCCGUUUCCUCAGAAACCAUCUACUCGCCGCAACAUCUGCCGGUGGUGGCACAGCUCAUAACAGACCUCACGCGAACCAGCUCGUGUCGCAGUCUCGUGGCCGCCAAAGACAUCUACUUCGGCGUGGGCGGGUCCGUGACAGAGUUCCUGCGGUGUCUGGAUAACUCCCCGGUGAAUUACUCCGUGGAGAAAAUAAAUGCCGGUGUUCAAAGAAGCUUAAUUCUGUCUUCAUCGUUGUGUUUGUGCUUUCAGAAUAAGGCAUGGCAGUUCUUGAUGGCCAAAAUAGAUGACCCACCGCAGGACUCCUGCUCUUUGCAGCAACCGUUUAGUGGAAAUAACUCCCAACGAAGGCCAAAGAACCUUAAGAACCUGCAACUGGACCUGUCCAAGAACCAGACAAAGUACCCUGUGCCGUUGACGUACUCUGCGAACGGCAGCAGACAGAUUCUGUCGCAUUCGCCCGCGUCGCCCAGAUCGCCGCGACUGUAUCGAACGCCGUCGCUAAAUGCCGUUUUAAUGUCCACAGCAAACUCCCCAACUCAGCAGUCCACCGCCAACGCGCGCGGCCGAUCCCUCACACUCACCAUCAACUCGACCGCUACACAGCCCCCGCGCGCCGCCACGUCGGCCCAGCACUCGCUCGAAUCAGCAAACUCGCUCCAGUUCGCGUCCUCCACCUCUGGCACCUCGGGCACCUCUGGCUCCAGCACAGGCUCCUCGGGCUGCUUGGGCUCCUCCAACGUGUCGGGCCCCCAUGGCUACAACACAGGAUCCGUCCAAAAUGCAUAUCCCCAGGGCCCCGUGUGCGUGCUCGACCCAAACCUGUACCUCUACUCAGAGCCGUCAAUCACCCAAUUGAUCGACUUCGACGUCAUCAUCAAUGUGGCACAGGAAAUCACAGAUUACACAACCCAAAUGACAAACAAAAUCUCCAUCAGCGGCCAAACUAUCCAAUACUACUACAUCCCAUGGACUCACACCUCCAAACUCGUGGCAGACUUCCCCAAACUCACACAGAUCAUCGACGACGCCCUCGCCCAGAAUAAACGGGUCCUGAUCCACUGCCAAUGCGGCGUCUCGCGCUCUGCGUCGCUCAUCUUGGCCUACAUGAUGAAGUCCAAGAAAAUCGGCUACAACGAGGCUUACAACCUGCUCAAACAAAGAGCGCCUCUCAUCUCCCCGAACUUUGCCCUCAUCUACGAGGUCAUGGAAUGGGGCCGUCAUCUCGGGUACAGCCCCCCGGCUUCUCCUUCUAAUGAUAUAUAA